AUGGUUCAACGCCUUACAUACCGCCGCAAGGUUAACUUCAACACCAAGUCUAACAAGCAGAAGCUUGUCAAGACUCCUGGUGGAAACUUGGUCUAUCAUAAGAUUACCAAGACCGCUACUGGUCCCCGUUGUGGAGACUGCAAGGGCAAGAUCAAUGGUGUUAAGUGCCUCAGACCCUUCAAGUACUCUCAGCUGAAGCAGCGUGAACGUCACGUCUCUCGUGCCUAUGGUGGCUCCAUCUGUGGCAAGUGCGUGAGGCAGCGUAUCAUCCGUGCCUUCCUCCUCGAGGAGCAGAAGCUCGUCACUGCUGCUCUCGCUGAGAAGGCCCGUAAGGCUGCUCAGAAGUCCGACAAGAAGGCCAAGGUCAGCAAGAAGUAA